UCACACCACACCAAAACGACGCCGUAUCACCCGUUUUCACCACUCACGAUGUCACUGCCUCUCAGUUGAUUUAAGGAGCCUCUACUCCCCACCCAUCUUCCCUAUCAUCUAGACCCCUCUAUGUUCAAAUCCGUUGACCCAAAUCAAACCCUAAAAUUUUCAAAUCUUCAAACAAACAAACAAUUUCACACCGAUUCUGAUUCAGACCUUCAAGAUCUGUUUGAUUACACCCUCAGAUCUCACCCUGUUCCAAAAAGAUCUGGUUCAGUUUUAGCGAAAAAGUGAAAUACCCAUCAAGAAAAAUUGAAUCUUUAAGAUGUCUGAUGUUCUGAAAAGUGAGUCUGUUCAUAUCAGAGAGGUAUGGAAUGAUAAUCUUGAAGAAGAGUUUGCUUUGAUUCGAGAAAUUGUUGAUGAUUACCCUUUUAUUGCAAUGGAUACCGAGUUUCCUGGUGUUGUUCUUCGUCCAUUGGCACAGUUUAAGAAUAUUAAUGAUUAUAAUUAUGUGACUUUGAAGGAUAAUGUUGAUAUGUUGAAAUUGAUUCAAUUGGGUCUCACUUUUUCUGAUGAAGAUGGGAAUUUACCCACUUGUGGGACUGAUAAGCCUUGCAUUUGGCAGUUUAAUUUCCGCGAGUUUAACGUUAAUGAAGAUAUCUUUGCUAAUGAUUCGAUCGAGAUGUUAAGGCAGUGUGGGAUUGAUUUCAAGAAGAAUAGUGAGAUGGGUAUUGAUGCGAAUCGGUUUGGGGAGCUUUUGAUGUCUUCUGGUGUUGUGUUGAAUGAUAAUAUUUGUUGGGUUACUUUUCAUAGCGGGUAUGAUUUCGGGUACUUGCUUAAGUUGUUGACCCGUAAAGAGUUACCCAAGUCUCAAGCCGGGUUCUUUGAGUUGAUCAAGAUUUACUUUCCGAUUAUUUAUGAUAUUAAACAUCUGAUGAGGUUCUGUAACCAUCUUCAUGGUGGAUUGAACAAGCUUGCGGAAAUCUUGGAUGUUGAACGGAUUGGCGUGUGUCAUCAAGCAGGGUCGGAUAGUUUGCUUACGUCUCACGCGUUCAAGAAGUUGAAAGAAGGGUACUUUAAUGGAAACACAGAGAAGUAUGCUGGUGUUUUGUAUGGUUUAGGGGUUGAAGAUGGGGAUAAAUAAGUAGCAGGAUAUGUAAUUUGUGAGAUUCAAGUUUGUUUGAUUUAGUAUGGAUUCGUGUUUAAAUCGCGUGUACACAAUUGGCAAGCGAGUUGUUGCCUGUUUGAUGGUCUUCUUUUCCAGCUUUUUAUGUAACCAAAUACCUCAAGGGUCUUGUAGUUUGAGUACUGUAAAUUGUUACAGUUAGUGUUUAAAUAACAAUCUUUAACUUCUCAAUUUGUUUUA